UCAUCAAAAUUUGCAAUUUUCAUAUCAAAACUUCACAACUUAUCUUCCCCAAAUUGGGGUUUUACUUUCCCAGUUUUCACUUCCACAUUUGAAAGAUUAACACCGCAUGACAAAUCUAAUGCAGAACCAAGUUUUUAAGGUCAAACCCGUUUGACUUACGUCAAGAUGGAGGAUAAUGCUUUCUUGAUCCCAGCUCGAGCAAUUGUGCUGUGAGCUCAAGCAAUCGAGCAAUGGUGUUCAUUCUAGCUGAAAUUCGCUUUUUUCUUUUGUGCCUUUUGACAGCUUAAUUAAUUCGGUUCAGUGUCUCAUACAUGGUUGUAACUGCUCCCACUAUUCCGUUUAAUGAAUCUAAAAUAGAUGGGAACCAUUACUGUGAUGUAGACAGUCACUAGUUAGUUCCUUAAGCUUAGGUGAGUUAGCUAUGAUUCUUAUAGUAGUGGGUAGAUAAGACAUGAAUAUUCAGAGUUAUGUACGCUUUAACUCAUUACAUACUCAUUUCCAAAUCUGUUGGGGUGCAUAAUGACUGAACAGUCUGAACUUCAAUUUGCAUAUCGAUUUCUAACUUCCAACCAUCACAACUACCUAAAUAAAUUCAGGUUCAGAAAUUGGUAUAUAUUUUUCUUUUUCACUUGUUUCUGAGACCAUCUAGUUUUGAUUUGUUCUUAUAACGUAAAAGAGAUGAGAAAUACAAAAAACAACUCAGUACUUGAGGUUGAGGAUAAAAGCACGGAAAUGACGGAAAUCGGAGUAGAGGAAACACGAGAGAUAAUCCAAAGUGUGGCUGGUUCUGUUGGUAGAAGAGGUGGUAUGAACAAAUAUGUGUUGGGAACAUCUCUCUUGGCUUCAACCAAUUCACUUCUGUUAGGUUAUGAUAUUGGUGUGAUGAGCGGAGCUGUACUUUUUAUCAAGGACUAUUUCAAGUUAACAAAUGUUCAAGUAGAAAUCAUGGUAGGAUCACUCAAUGUAUGUUCGAUAAUUGGGUCAAUAUUAUCCGGUAAAACUUCUGAUUGGAUUGGUAGGCGAUACACAAUUGUUCUUGCAGCCUUUACUUUCUUGAUAGGAGCUCUUCUUAUGGGCCUUGCACCUUCAUAUCCUUUCUUGUUAGCUGGAAGAGUUGUAGCUGGAAUUGGUGUAGGUUAUUCUCUAAUGGUGUCACCUGUUUAUACUGCUGAACUUUCACCUGCUGCAACUCGUGGAUUUCUAUCUUCACUUCCCGAAGUCUUCAUCACUGUAGGGAUUUUAGUUGGUUACGUAUCAAAUUAUGCUCUCUCAGGAAUACAACCUAAAAUUAAUUGGAGAAUUAUGCUUGGAAUCGCAGUUUUUCCUGCAUUUGCGAUUGGAGUCGGUGUUUUAACAAUGCCCGAGUCACCUCGUUGGUUAAUAAUGAAAGGACGAAUUGACGAGGCAAGACAGGUUCUUCGGAGAACAUCUAAUGGAGAAGAAGAAGCUGAAUUUCGAUUACAAGAAAUAAGUAAAGAUAUUUCAGGUGGCUCAGAUGGUUCAGGUUCUGGUUCUAGAAAUUGGAAAGGUCAAGGUGCUUGGAGAGAAUUACUCUGCAAACCUUCUCGGCCUAUUCGAAGAAUUCUCAUUGCUGCAAUCGGUAUAAACUUUUUCAUGCAAGCAUCCGGUAACGAUGCAGUGAUUUAUUACACCCCACAGGUAUUCAAAGCAGCUGGAAUUAAGAAAAAGAAACAAUUGGUUGGAGUUACAGUAAUCAUGGGAAUUGCCAAGUCAAGUUUUGUAUUGAUUUCAGCUGCAUUUCUAGAUAGGUUUGGGAGAAGGCCAUUAUUGCUGUUGGGAACUACAGGAAUGGCCAUUUCACUAGCUGGUCUAGGUGUGGGAUCUAUGUAUUUAGCUGGUGCUACUACUAAGCCAGUAUGGGCCAUAGCAUUAUGCGUAGUUGCAGUUUGUGCCGAUGUUUCGUUCUUUUCAAUUGGGCUUGGCCCUAUAACUUGGGUUUAUUCAUCUGAGAUAUUUCCUAACCGAUUACGAGCCCAAGGUACCAGCAUUGCGGUAUCGGUGAACAGGUUGGUGAGUGGUGCAGUUUCAAUGAGUUUUCUUUCAAUUUCGGAUCGAAUUUCUUUCGCCGGAACAUUUUUCAUCCUUUCGGGUAUCACAGCUUUAGGUACUCUUUUCUUUUAUCUGUAUUUGCCUGAAACCAAGGGGAAGAAUUUGGAGGAUAUUGGGGCACUAUUUGAAGAUAAAAAAGAAACCACCGCCAGUAGGGAUAUAAGUGAAACAUAGUUUUUAAUGUCUUUUAAGGUACCUAAACAAGCACCUAUAGGAAAAAGAAAAGUUCUAUAAUUGCAUUGAAUUAAUAGUAGAAGUUUUGAUAAUUAUUAACUACGCUCCUUUUUGAGUUCUGUACUGGAGUGGAAUGAAUUUCUUCUUUUUACACCAAAAGGCAAAAAGAGUGACUUAUUGGGCCGACUGUUCGGAGGGCCCGAUGGGCCUGAAGGGAGGGAGUCCCUGUUUAUGGCCACUUUUAUGUAAAAUGAAGCCUAAUGCAAAUGUGUAAUUUGAUAAAAAGAUUGGAAAUUGUUACUAUUAAAAA